AUGGCUUCUUCUACUCUUGUAUUAGCCGGUAAGUCAAUUGGUUUCUUACCAAUACGGAAGACAUCUAUUUCAGCUGUUCUUUCGGUACUCUACUUCCAGCAGACUUCGGCAGUAACGUUUUGCAACACAGUCAACAUCCCCGCUGUUACCAAAUGCUACCAAACGUACAUGGCCGGCUUCAACGUGAAAAUGACUAAUACCAUUCCUGAAUACUGGGUUUUCCGUAACGCACGAUCUGCAUUAUUCAAGAAGAAUGGAAAAAACGAACAAAAUCAGAAUUGCCAGUAUG